AGUUCCCGUCUGUUGUAACCGAUCUGGCCUCUGGCGCCGGUCCGGUCACCUUUCCCGGCGGCGGUGGUGCUGGCGACACCAAAAGCCGCCGUACCUGAAACGAUUCUCCCUCCCCUCCCUCCCUCGCUUUCCUCCUCUUCUUUCUCGCAUCAUCCCCGCCCACCCGUCUUCUCCUCCCUCUCACGGCUAUAAAGCCCGCCUGACAGCCUGAAACCGACCCAAGCUACCCGCACGCACGCACGCUCCCUCGCCGCAUACCUUCCCGUCCACCGGCUCGAUCGCCCGCCUCUGCCUGUUGGUGUGCGUGGUGGUGGCAGGCAGAGCGAUGGGAGGAGGGAGCGGCGGCGGCGGGGCGUGGCCGGUGGUGGUGAUGGUGUUCCUCAACGCGAUCGCGGCGGUGAUGGUGUCGCUCGUCAAGGUGGCCAUGAACGGCGGCCUCGACCCGCUGGUGCUCGUCACGCUGCAGCAGCUCACGGCCGCCGUCUUCCUCGGCCCCAUCGCGUACCUCCGGGAGGGCAAGGCGCGGCCGAGGAUGACGCUGGAGAUCUUCGCCUACCUCUUCGCCAGCGCGGCGCUGGGGGCGGCGCUGCGGCAGUACAUGAUCUUCGUGGCGCUGCGCUACACCACGGCCACCUUCGUCACGGCCUUCUCCAACGUGGCCCCCGUGCUCACCUUCCUGCUCGCCGCCGCCACGCGGUCCGAGUCGCUGAAGCUUGGGACCGCCACGGGGGGCGCCAAGCUCGCCGGCACGCUGGUGUCGCUGGCGGGCGCCAUGGUGCUCACCUUCUACCGCGGCGUGCCCCUCACCCACGCCCACCACCAUAGCGCCGGCCAGCCGCACUACGGGUCCGCGCCGUCGCCGGCGGGCGCGGGCGACCCCGGCGCCGGCAGGAGGUGGACGCUGGGCACGGUGGCGAUCCUGGGCAACUGCGUGUGCCUGUCCUGCUGGUUCCUGCUGCACGGCCGGCUGGCGAGGAAGUACCCCUACGUCUACUCCUGCAACGCCUUCAUGUCCACCUUCAGCUUCCUCCAGGUCGCCGCCGUCGGGCUCUGCGCCCACCGCAGCCUCGGCCUCGCCGCCUGGCUCGUCACCUCCAAGUUCCAGAUCCUCACCAUCCUCUACGCCGGGGUGGUGGGGUGCGGGGUGUCGUUCGUGCUGCUGACGUGGUGCAUCGAGAAGCGGGGGCCGGUGUUCGUCGCCGCCUUCGUCCCGGUGGUGCAGAUCAUCGUCUCCGUCAUGGACUUCACCGUGCUGCACGAGACGCUCUACCUCGGAAGUGUGCUGGGAUCGGUGUUGGUGAUAGGUGGGUUGUACCUGCUGCUGUGGGGCAAGCGGCAGGAGGCCCUCCAGCAGCCUCCAAAAGUCGCAGAGCAUGACACGGAGCAGCAACAACAACAACAACAACAACAGUAACAACAACAGGUGCAGGUGCAGAUGCAGCCCUGACACGGACUGAAGAUUGGGAAAACAGAGGAGCGCUCCAUCCAUUGGGUGGGUGGGUGGGUGUUAACAAGUGCAGUGCAGCAAAUAAGUUCUCCAACACACUUUUCAGUUUUUGUUUCCAUGUUCUUGUGAGAGUGAGACCACCAUUAAUGGUGUAAAUUAAGCUUCAGGGCACUGUCAGUCAUGUCAUGAAGCUGUUUAGGUUCUGAUCCAGACAACACUCAGUAGGAUAAUGAUCUGAACAUUCUAAACCAAAACUAAUAGCAACAUCACAGACACUAUGUAUACUAGAUGUCGCCGCGUUUUGCAUGUUUU